AUGGGUAUCGGUGCCGGGCCUCAAUUACUUGCUUUUGCAGCUGCCAACGAGAUCGUGCCGAAAAGAUCCAGAGGCAAUGCUCUGGCGUUUCUCAGUCUAGCAGCUCUGCCGGGCUCUGCCUUCGGAUCUGUCAUAGCCUACGCCAUUAUCUCACACUUGUCUUGGCGUUGGACGUUCUACAUCGGUAUUCUCUCAAAUGGAUGGGCCUUACUGCUCGUUAUACUCUUCUAUUGGCCUCCCAAUUUCUUUGGUUUGCAUACAGAAGGCAAAACCCGAUGGCAGCAAUUAAAGCAGCUCGACUUCAUUGGGUUGCUCCUCUUUGGCGGUGGGCUAACAAGCUUCAUUUUGGGAGUGUCUUUCGCGAAUAAUCCAUUCCCUUGGCUCAGUGUCCCAGUCUUGGUUCCAUUGAUUCUUGGAGCAGUUACAGCUUUCAUUGCUCUUCCGAUUUGGGAGAUAUUUGGUUCCGAUAAUAUCUCCAAGUUGUGCCCCCCAAGCAUUUUCAAGAACGUCAGAGGGUUUGUCAUGCCCCUGAUGGCUAAUUUUGUCUCCGGGAUGUUGCUCAUCAGCCUUCAGGUUUGGUGGCCGCAGGAGGUACAACUCUUGUUUACGACGUCACUUUCUAAGGUCGGUUGGUAUAGCUUCGCAUACAAUGGACCGGCAAGUAUUGGUGCAUUUGUGGGCGGUGCGUUGUUCGCUAAAAUCGGCAAGACAAAGUGGCAGUUCGUCGCUAUUACGGUGCUACAGACUGUGUUGGUUGCAGCGAUGUCGACCAUUAAUCAACAUAGACCACAGGAUGCAAUUGGAAUUAUGACUGCCGCUGCUUUCUGUCUCGGUGCAGCUCAGAUCAUCACCGUGCUCGUUAUACAAUUCGGAGCUGCCGACACUCAUAUAGGUAUCGCUACUGGCCGAACAGGUUCGUCCCGAGCUACAGGCGGCGCCGUCGCCUUCGCUAUAUAUGGGAGUAUCUUCAGUUCGAAAGUGUCGACGAAUAUGACACCUGCAGUCACCAAAGCUGUGAUUGAGGCUGGCUUGAAGGAUUCAUCAGUUCCUUCUUUCAUUGAGUCUUUGAUGUCUGGAUCUGUCGGCGCGAUGAGUUCUGUGAAAGACGUAACACCAGCAAUUAUUGCCACGGGAGAAGAUGCCUUAAGGUCUGUCUAUGCGGAUGCAUUUAGACUGAUUUACCUCGUCAGUAUAGUCUUUGGAGGUAAUGCGCAACCAGAAUCGGCUUGCCUGCUUUGCAAGUUUGCUCCUUCGGAAUGUCGAUGA